AAUGACAACCUCUGCACCAGAGAUGAUUUAUUUAAUUCCCAGAUGUGUAUAGUCUAUAAUCUAUCAACAUUGCUUCCUCUGUUCUUCGUGAACAUUGUGCUUUGUGUGGCAGCCUGUAAUAAUGCAGAAUAUGAAGUUAAUGGAGUGUGUUGCCCGAUGUGUUAUCCAGGAAAGCGAGUUUAUAGACAUUGUGAUGAGUACACAAGCACAACAUGUGAUUCAUGCCCCGUGAUGACCUUCACUGGCGCUCCUAAUAGAUUUACUGAAUGUCUGCACUGUUCUGUCUGUGAUCCAAGUAAUGGGCUGAGAGUAAAGCAGGUGUGUACAUUAAUAUCAGAUACAGUGUGUGAACCUCUGCCAGGUUAUUACUGUGUAGACUUGCUCUCCAACUGUAAAAAGGCCAUGAAACAUUCAUCCUGCUCACCUGGACAAUACAUCAAACAAAACGGAACAGAAUUCAGAGAUACAGUGUGUGAUGUCUGUCCUGGCGGUUCAUAUUCAGAUGGCACAUUCUGCAAAUUGCAUACAAACUGUGAAUCUCUUGGCAAAUUAACAAUGAAGGAAGGAACCGAUACGGCUGAUGCUGAGUGCAGGAAUAGAGCACGUUCUCAUUUACUAUCAUUGAUUCCGUGUGGAGUGUGGUCGCUGUUGUUUACUGUCAUCAUUGUAAUUAUUGUAAAGAAAAAAAAAAGCAAAGGCAAAAUAGCGAAUUAAAUCAAGUUACAACCCAAGAUGUGGACCUGUAAACUUUUUUUAUAUAUAGUAAGUUGCAUAGAUCCCCCAACAGAUAUUUUAUCAAAGAUUCAGUCAUGUUUAGUGGACAUUUUUUGGGACAAGCUGCACUGGGAACCAAAAAGUGUAUUGAACUUUCCUAAAGAAGGACUUGGACCGGUGCAUCUACAAAGUCGAACAGCUGCUUUCAGAAAUCAGUUCAUACAAAGACUUUUAACAGACUCGGAGAACUCAAACUGGAAGAAGGUGGCCUUCUCUGUUCUGAGAGGGUUUGAAGGCCUGGGAUUGGACAGAGCCUUACUUUGGCUAGAUCCUCAGAAGCUGAAACGCUCUAAGUUUCCU